AUGUCCGCACCUCAUGGCUACAGUCUCAGGCCAUUCAUCAAGAGACCCAACAGCCAUCCUUUCAAGAUUGGUGACGCGAAACGCAUAAAGCCAAGGAAUACAAGUUCGUCUCUUUCUCCUGAAGCAAACGAGGGUCUUUCAAAUGCACCUUCAGAUCCGACGUCUGCCAACGCGAGUCCAGCUUCCACAGAAGAUGGCACACUUCAGCGCCUUAGAGAACUCAUCUCGUCCAUGCCGGUUCCAGCAACCAAAAACAGCACGCUACGAACCCGAAAGCUUGCAUCGAAGACACGAUCUCGGAACGUUCUCGCGCCUCUCGAACUCCAUCACAGUGCCGAUAAUCACGACGCUUCACCUCACGAUGUUGACCUGAGGUACCCUUCGGGACUUGCCGAGCGUUUCGCCUUUGCGAGGAGAACUUAUAAAAAGGAUCACCGAUAUGCUCGACAACUCGAUCCUUUUGUAGAUCUUGUGCACACGAUCUCUGUCCUGCUUGAAAGUACACUCGGGCCCAAAGGCCCUCAAGUUCAGAUUUGCUCUGCUUUAAGACAAGCAUGGCUUGGUCAUGAGAACUGGUCCGCUGGUGGUGGCACUCAGACGUUCAAGGACACAAUCGAAGCCGUAAACGUCCUGACCGGACAUCAAGGUCAUAAGCGCCCAGAGCUUACACCAGACUUCCUAGAACACUUCUUCGACCAGCUCCACGACCGGGUCAUUGCCGACAACUGCACCGACCUACUUCAUCGCAGCAACGCGAAAUCCACCGAGAACGUCUACGGCGAAUUGCGACCGAAAUUCCUCUCCCGCAUCUUCAAAGACGUCGGCCUUGACAGCAAAAGCGUAUACCUAGAUCUCGGAUGCGGCGUCGGACAAACAGCCAUGCAAGCGUCUUUGGAAACACAGUGCGAAGCACACGGCAUCGAGCGGGAGAGGAAAGUCCACGCUUUGGCACAAUUCCAUCUCACGCAAUUUCGAGCGCGAGCGGAACUGUACGGUUUGCCAUACAACAGUCAUGUGGUGCUUCGACAAGGUGACUUCCUCACUUCGAGAUUCGUUCGAGAUCUUUUGCCAGUCGUGGACGUUGUUUUGCUCAAUAAUUUGAAGCUUGAUUCCGAGACUGAUAUCAAGGUUUGUGGGAUGUUGGAGGAGGGCUUGAAGGAUGGGGCGAGAGUGGUUAGCACGAGGAGUUUGAAGCGGCUUAAGAGAGGGGGGAAUGUUAGGGUGAGGAUGGUUGAUGGGUGGAGGGUUGAGAGGUUGCAUUAUGAGGCUGAGAGUGUCAGUUGGACGGAUAGUGAGGGAGAAUACUUUGUACAGAUCAGGCUGCAGGAGUAG